ACUCGCAGCGGUCGCGUGGAGUGGGUGUGUCGACAGAGCUCAGCGGAUAGGCUUUAGUUCUGGGGUGAACUGCUAAAAUAACGAAUUUUUACAUUAAAAUCCAGCGCUCUGGAAUUGCUUGCAAAUCCUGUAUCUCCUGUAAUGUGCUUUGCUCAAGAGACCACUUUAAACUGAAGCACUUUCUCAAUGAGUUCCACAAGAGUUAUUCAUCUCCUCAGUCCUCCAAUGCCGGGUCCAGUUAUGCCCGUGGAUGUGGCUGUGCAGCUGUACAUCACCCAUUCUCCCCCACUGCAUAGCUUCCUGAGCUCUUAUGAAGACUACAGGAAGCGCCACCUGGUCAACACCUGCUACAAACCCCUGCGGCCCUGCUUGAGCUCCAGAACCCACCUGGAGCCCCCUCGUCUGGGCUGGCAGACCCCAAAAUCCAAGGCCAAAAAGAAGGUUGUGUUUGCUGACUCAAAGGGUAUGUCAUUAACAGCGGUGCACAUCUUCUCAACUUUUGAUAACAGAGAACCUGCUACAUCCGAACUGCAGUUUGACCUGGAAGACCUAGAGGACAUCACAACCACUCUUCAUAUAAACUUGGCCCAGAGCAGAAUUCUAGACUUUCUGCAGCCUGCGGCUGACUACUUAGAUUUCCGUAGCCGACUGCUGAAAAACUUUGUUUGUUUGGAGAACUGUACCCUACAGCAGCGGGCCCUCACCGGCACCAUCAAAGUGCGUAACCUGGCCUACGAGAAGUUGGUUCAUGUGCGGAUCACCUUCGACACCUGGAAGAGCUUCCAGGAUGUGGAAUGCACAUUUAUGAAUAAUGUCUAUUGUUGUCAGGAUACAGACACAUUCUCAUUUGCCAUUCAACUGCCUGGGUACGUACCCCCUCAGAAUAAGGUCGAAUUUUGCAUUAGCUACAGAACUGGAGAGCAGACCUACUGGGACCACAACGAUGGCAGAAACUAUGGACUGGUUUCAACAUCAUUGCAACAAAACAAUACACAGAAUUUCUCAAACCGGGGAAAGAAACCGAAUGAAUCCAAUAAGUUAGGCAUGAAAACACAAAACAAGGAGGUGUAUAAAUGUAAAAGUCUGUAUGAAUCCAAUAGCAUUUUUCAAAACUGGCACAGUUGGGGGAACAUUGCAACCAGUGGGCCCUUCUGGUGACUUGAGUUCUCUGUCCAAACUAUCCAAAUGUGUCGAAAGGUUUUAACAUCAAUGAAUCUUUCUAUAUGACAGCAGAAGAAGUUUAAUGUUCUCUUAAAAGCUCUUAAUAUGAUAUACCUGCUGAUAACUUUACAAGUAGACCUAGAUUAGCUGUCUAUUAGCGGACUAAAGAGGGAAGACAAGCUGGUUGAAAUGGUCACAGAGUGAACCUUAUUUCUUUUAGAUGGAACAUGUUGCUGCAGUGCAAUACAGCAUAUUUUAUUCUUUUGUUAAGUAAAACGUGUGAUGACCCCUUUCCUAAAGAGCUAGAUACAUCUGUAAACAAGACCACUAGCCGGUUAUUGUAUAAAAUGUGUGUGCUUAUGUGUGCUAAGAGAAUUUUUUGUUAAACUGCUGCCAUUGUGUGCCACAUUUGCAGACUCUGCACUAUAAAAAAUUAUACCAAAUGAAAAUCAAGUCUAAAUAUUUGAGGAUAUUUGUAUCUACGUAAAGAAUUGGUCUCACUAGGCAAUUUUCAGCCAAUUUCCAGUUGAAGAUUCUAUUAUGGAAGAGAUGAACAGUUGGUAUGCAACCAGUGAGAUUGUCCUUCAUAUUGAAGGGGUAACUUUUACUGGUUACAGACUAUUAGAAGGAAAAAAUAAAAAUAUUUAUCAUAUUUAAUAUGUACUCUAAAUCAGCUUUUAAAAUAAAUUUGGUUUUGAUCAUUUUGUUUAGCAAGCUUCUUUUUCUGCAAGAUGCACAUAGAUUUAGGUGUCUUUUUUUAUUCAUCUAAACAAAUGCCACGAUGAUGGUUUCUGUGCCUUAGGAUCUCAGCAAAUGUCAUUGUAAAUUAAGUAGUGUCUUUUGUUGGGUAAUUUUUAUGUUUAAUGUGCAAUUCAGUGAAUAUGAGUGGAAUUGGUUAUGAUGUCAUGUUUGAAUCAGAUGUGAAGAUAAGAAUGGCUGUAUUUUAUUAAAGAAAGAAUGGAUUU